CCCUCACCUGGUUAGACACGCGACCCAGCCACAUCCGCUAGGAAUCGUUGGCCAGUGAGCCGCAAGGUGGAAGAAACCGAUGGCCUCCCUUCUGUUCCGCUUCUCCCCCUCAUCCAUGGCGGCCCUCGUUCGUGGAACCGCGCCAUCUCCUGCCAUUAUCUUAACAAGCCGUCCUUCGCCAAUCUCCAGAUUCGCCUGUAGCUCUCGAAACUGGUCGAGGAAAUCGAAGUGUAUAAGGCUGUCCAGAGAUCGGAUAAACCAGCAACCCGGCGAGGAUGAGGAAGAAGAAAGAACGAAGUUAGCUGCGUUCUUCUCUCCGGAGGAUUUGGGGUACUUAUGGAAAUUGCUGACUGGUUCUGUUCUUGGGUCUGUGUUAGUGAAGUAUGGCAGCGUUCUUGUACCAGAAAUUACAAGACCAAACAUUACACAGGCGCUGCUAAUGAUUUUUCUGCCGGUGGUUGUCAGUGUUUUAUUGCUGAUAAAUGCUAGUUCCAGUGACAGUUGAGACACAGAUCACUGUUUUAUAUAACACAUUCACCUGGGAAAUUUUCCAAAACAUGUCACUAUGUUAUAUAUAUAUAACAUCUGGUAGAGGUUUCAUCUGACUCAUAUACACCCCUAGCAGAUGUUGGCAGGGUAUUGAACCUUUGACACUCUGCAACUUGAACAUCUCAAAUCUGACCCCUAGCAUGGAGGCUUGCAAUUUGAAAGUCUCAAUACUACUGUGCUUCAGUUAGGCAGCUGCAGAUGUCUACCAUUGAGGUCAGAUUGCAAAAAUGGGAGCAGAAGAUUCAGCAGGGCAGUAUAGAUUGUCAAGGUGCACAUUUUCUGAAUUUUGCUACCAAGUUUCUGCAUCCAAUGUUGGGAAUCAACCCAUAUGGGUCUACCCUUGCUAAUUAAUCAGAUUGCUUACCACUUCAAUUAAAAACUACUGUAAGAUCAAAUACAGGAGCUGCCGUUGAUUAUAAUCACCAUUAGAUGUCCA